GCAGUCACCUACUAACCGCUCUCCAUUAGUGCACAAGUCAAAAUAAGGGGGCGUACCCCCCAUAAGCCCCAUGGCAAGCAUGGACAUCAACGAGGACUACGUAGAUUCUGAGAACUUCUCUCUUGAAUCUGAGAACAUCGGAGACCCUGAAUCACCAACGGCCCCACUAAAAAGGAAAGGAGACAUCGCACACGACGUUAGACCGAAUCCCAGAUUCUCAGACCUUUUCAACAGCCCAGCCAGCGGUGCCCCAAUCAUCAUCCAAUUAAUCAGCGAUCCAUGCUCGUUCCGCCCCUGGAACUUCACAGUCAAGAAAAACUUCAUCGCCGGACUUAUGACACUAAUUGGCCAAGUGAGACCAGGGACAAAGUGGACGCAGCGUGGGGAACUCUACAUCUACCCUACUUCAAACAAACAAAAAAACCUUCUACUCCAGCAGACACAAGUCAACGAACAUGUAAUAUCCUGCUCAUUAUGCAAAUCGGAGCAAGAAGUUAAAGGUGUCAUGUACAAUGUGCCGCCGAACAACACGGAGGAAGAACUACUAGACCUUCUGUCCAGCCAAGGUGUCAUCAAAGUAAAGAGAUUCUCAAAUCUCGGCCCGAACGACGCCACGAAUAUCUUACCCAUGGUAACACUAUUCUUUAAUACCAAAACUCUACCACGGGAAGUCACCAUCGCUCACGAAAUAUUCACCGUCAAAAAAUACAUCCCAAGACCAUCGCUCUGCCGGAAGUGCUGGACUUUUGGCCACCCAGAAGAAGUAUGUUCAGUACCACCAGUUUGCAGAAAAUGCGCCAGCACACAUGAAGAAGACGCCCAGUGCAAAUCCCCCCAAAAAUGUCCAACAUGCUCAAAAAGUGACCACGCAGCAGGAACAGCAGCCUGCCCCAUCUUCGCAAACAAACAAAAAAUCAUCAAGUUCGCGUAUGAAAACAACAUGUCAGUUACGGAAGCCGGCAGACUCCACUCCGGCCCCACGCCCGUGUCAAGCAGACGGCCACCGGCCUACCAACACACCACCGAAGACGCGUCAAUCCGACAGAAAAUCGACAGCCUCAAAAAGAAAAUCGAAGAAAUGCAGAAAACUGCCCAGAAACCAUCUACUCCACCCGAAACAGAGACGAGACUCCAGAUUGUUGAGAAAGAAAUCUCAUCAAUGAAAAUCCAAAUGGCACCACUACUCAAACUAGAAACGCAGAUGUCAACCGGAUUCACCAGCCUCGACAACCGUAUGACCAUGCUCCAAGACAUGCUGAUGAAGGACCUAAAUGACCGAGCUGCCCGACGGAAAGAAAAAGACCAGAUGAACAGACCAGAACAUCCAAAGGAUGGAACCCCCAAAGGAACCAUCCAAACCAAAUCGUCGACGACAAGAUUCGAGCCACCCGGAAAAAUUAGGAAGUCAUGACCCCCCCACUCAAGAUACUUCAAUGGAACGCUAGAGGACUCUAUAAAUCUAGAUUGGAAGAAUUCAAAAACAAUUUACGAUUCCACAACCCUC